AUACAUACUUACGUGUCGCGCGAAGAUUUCACGAUGGUGUCAAUGGUGUGUCAUCAGAGAACCGGUCGUUGUAGAUCAUUCCCCUUGGGCACGACGACGCCUCGAUAAAUUGAUCGCUUUACGCUCGAAGGAGUUUCCGCAAAGACUCGAUGAAGCGCUCCGAUAACCGGCCGCGAUGCAGAACCGUGUUGAGUGCCGAAGAAAUCGCACCAAGUUUAUAGAAUACGCGACUUUAGAGCAGAUUUUUGCGGGUAGAAUCGAGCAUUCUUCAGUUCAUACACUAUUUAAAAAUGACACCAAUGGGAAAGCUGUUGUUUUCUCUUCCAGUGUUCCUGACAUUCUUGGCGUACGGAGCAUCCGAAGCUCCAAGGCUGGUGUGUUAUUUCAGCAACUGGGCUAUCUAUCGUCCGGACGUAGGCAGCUAUGGCAUCGAUGACAUCCCCACUGAUUUGUGCACGCACAUAAUCUACUCCUUCAUCGGCGUGAGCAACGUCACCUGGGAACCGCUUAUUCUCGAUGAAGAGCUGGACGUUCAAAAAGGCGGCUUCGACAAGUUCGUCGCCCUGAAGAAGAAGUAUCCGCAUAUACAGACUGAAGUCGCCGUUGGCGGUUGGGCCGAGGGUGGCAAAAAGUACAGUCAACUGGUGACUGUGAAAGCCAGGCGUGAUUCGUUCAUCAGGGGUAUAGUUGAUUUUAUGAACCGCUACGGCUUCGAUGGCUUCGAUCUUGAUUGGGAAUAUCCGGCUGCAACCGAUCGAGGCGGCACUUUCAGCGACAAGAACAACUUCUUUUACUUUGUCGAGGAGCUGAGGACAGCGUUCAACAAGGCAGGUAAAGGCUGGGAGAUCACUAUGGCCGUGCCGAUGGCCACGUUCCGUCUCAACGAGGGAUACCACGUGCCAGAAUUAUGCGAGCUCAUCGAUGCCAUCCACGUCAUGUCAUACGAUCUUCGUGGCAAUUGGGGUGGAUUCGCCGACGUUCACAGCCCGCUCUACAGGAGACCCCACGAUCAGUACGCCUACGAGAAACUAAACGUGCACGAUGGUCUUCAACUCUGGGAAGACAAGGGAUGUCCCGCUAACAAGCUCGUCGUAGGAAUCCCACUGUACGGACGUACUUUUACCCUCAGUCAAGGGAACAACAAUAAAAAGCCCGGAACUUACAUCAACAAAGAAGCUGGUGGAGGCGCACCCGGCAAGUAUACCGCGGCUAAAGGCUUCUUGGCUUACUACGAAAUCUGUAUGGAACUCCAAAAACCGAACAACGGAUGGACCAAGGAAUAUGACGACAUUGGCAAAGUACCUUAUAUGCACAAAGAUACCCAAUGGGUCGGUUACGAGGAUGCUGACAGUAUUGUUCAUAAGAUGAACUUCCUCAAGGAGAAGAAGUAUCUCGGUGCCAUGGUUUGGGCUGUCGAUAUGGAUGACUUCAGAGGACUUUGCGGACCUGUGAAUCCCCUCAUGAAUGCAAUCUACGAUGGCCUAAAGGGCUAUACAGUAACACCUACGGAUUACAAGACAACGCCCAGGCCCGAAUGGGACAGGCCACCCAGUACUAAAGCCUCCACGGGUGAAGACAAUCCGAAACCCACCAAGGAACCCGAAUGGACUACUAAAACACCUACAGUAACACCUGGUCCUACGGAGCCUACUUCGAAUAAGCCAGUCGAUGAUAAUGAAGUCAACUGCAAUGGCCCUAAUAUGAUUCCCAGCAAAAGCUGUACAACGUACUAUGUCUGCAACCACGGCAAACCUAUCAAGACCGAAUGUCCGGCCGGAUUGAUCUUCCAAGCCACCAAGCUUAUUUGCGACUGGCCGGCUAAUGCCGAUCGCGAGGAAUGCAGAUAGGCCCCCGCGAUUUGGAAUCUGUCAAUUUCCACCAUUCAUGGUAUUUCAUCGAUUCAUAAUUCUUUCAAGUCUAGAAAGCUUAUAGCAAUAAUAAUUUCAUACAAACAUCGUUAUGUUAUUAUUUGUUGUUGUGUGCGAGAACGCGUGCAAUGUGAAAUGAAAUGUAUCACUUUGCGAACCAUAAUAAAUCAUACACAGUUUAUCAAA